AUGGAGUAUGCUACAGAUGAUCAAAGGUUUGAAGCUAAAACCUAUUUAAUAGAAGAAUAUGAAAACUUUCAAAAAUCAGAGUUAAUACCACUUAAUGCAAUACUAAUGGAUAAUAAUGAAGAAGAAGAAAAUGUCAAUAUUCAAUACUAUUCAAAAUUAGAGAAUAGAACUUAA